CAUACCGGCGUGGCGAAUGGUCGACGGUGAUACGGGUGCGUCCGUAACUAUUGCUAACUUCUAGUUCUGCCGUUUAUUAUCAAGGAAUAGUAAAUUUCCCUCGAAAUCGUUGUACGAUUUACGCUGCCGUCAAUGUGAGUGAAUUGUGGCCAACGAUUAUUACUGUGUAUCAUGCGUUACUUAGACGUCUCUUUAGAACUUCCCAACGACUCGAACCGUGAGAUAAGUGCGGUAUUUUUGAAGAAGCAUGUUAUGCAGGCUGUGAAAAAAUUAUUCGGAGCUGUUGGGGCCAAGUCGCAAGUAGAUAUACUCAAGUACAACGUCACCGACCGCAGAUUCGUCCUUCGCUGUCAAUCCGACAGCUACGUUAGACUGAGAGCCGCUUUAACGUUGGCCAGUGACUACGAAGGGGAGCCUUGCGUUUAUACCGUUCAUAAAGCGUCUGCGAAUCUUCUGUCUCUAGCUGCCGAUAGCAGGACUUUUAUUCAUUAAGUAAAUUUGGUAGUAUUGUUCGGUUCUUUCAAGUCAUAGGUUUAAGGUUAAAUCAAUCGUCGUUCAGUCAUGUCGAUUGUUAGAAAAGAGGGUAAGGACACAAUAAUAUUUGCCUCCAAAGAGGAUCACGCCUCUCCCAGUAAAGUGAAUCUUCCCGAACCCGAGCCAAGUCCCGGUUUGAUACUGGCCAACGGAGAAAUAAACUGGAACUGUCCGUGCCUCGGUGGAAUGGCGACCGGCCCUUGUGGUCUUGAAUUCAGAGAAGCAUUCUCUUGCUUUCACUACUCCGCCGCAGAGCCAAAGGGCUCGGAUUGCUACGACGCUUUCAAAACCAUGCAGACUUGCAUGUCCGAGUAUCCUGCGCUGUACGGAAACAAGGAAGCCGACCUCGACGAUCUUGGUCAGGCUGAGAGUCAGGCGGUCGUUAGCAAAGACUCUGAAGACCCGAUAAAGGACAGUAGAGAAAGCAAGAGCGAUGAGAAUGGGAUCGAAGCGAGCAGUGGUAGUAAAAACGAAAUGCAACACUCGGUAGGGUCCAAAUGAGAGAUGUAUUUACAUAUUAUUGACAACGUUAGAUAUUGUUACUUUAUGUACUGCCAAUUUAGUAAUUCCUUCGUUAAACAAUCGGCUGUUGGUCGAUAUAUCUUCGAGGCAUGUGGAUCAAACAGCUGUACAAAAUUUCAUCUUGCCGUCGAUAGAUAUCGAAGCUUAACCAAUAGAUUAGAAUAUCGGCAAUGUUUUGUAUCCCUGGUGUAGAAAGAGGUAGAAUAUUAUCGUAGAGGAACAGUAAACUCUUUUCACUUACUACCAGUUGUAAUCGUUCGAAAGCAUAUGAUGUGCCGAAUUUCAAUAGUUGUAUCUAUCAUUCUUACGUGCAUUUUUGUAACACGCACAGUUGUCUGUUGCGUGAAAUUGCGAUCAUUUCUUUUCUUCUAUGGUACUGCUAUGUCACGAAUAAACGAAAAAUGGAGCGCUGCAUCUGUUACAUUUCCCAACGAA